AGGAGCAGCCUGCAGGAGGUGAAGAGGAGAGGCAGGAUGGAGAGGAGUGGAGAGGAGGAGGAGCUGAACGACAGGCUGCAGACGCUGGAUCUGUCCUGUAGAUCUGCAGCCAGUGGAACCGGUGUGGUGUAUUCAGAGCUCUUCACUCAUCAUAAGAACCUGUGGGAGUCCAGUCACCCAGAGAGUCCUGACAGAGUGAAGUCCAUCAUGGAGGAGCUGCAGAGACAAGAGCUGCUGUCUCACUGCACCACUGUACAGCCCAGAGAGGCGACGGAAGAAGAGCUGCAGCUCACUCACACGAAACAGUACGUCGAUCUGAUGAAGUCGACACAGACGAUGACGGAGGACGAACUACACACUCUGUCUGACAAAUACGACUCUGUGUACCUCCAUCCUGAGACCUUCCAGGUGUGUGUGUCUGCGGUGGGGUCAGUCCUCCAGCUGGUCGAUCAGGUGAUGACCUCUGAGCUCAGGAAUGGAUUUGCCGUCAUCAGACCUCCAGGUCAUCACGCUCAGUCUGACCAGGCCAACUUUCUGUGUUUUUAACAACGUGGCGAUCGCAGCUCGAUACGCUCGGACCACGCACUCCGUCAGCAGGGUUCUGAUCGUGGACUGGGAUGUCCAUCAUGGUCAGGGGAUCCAGUACCUCUUCCAGGACGACCCCAGGUAACCUCCUCCUCUUCCUCAUUCUGUGUCCC